AUGGAAAGGAAAGAGUGCCUUGGACUCAUUCAAUCUUGCAACACACUCCCACGCGCGCUGGAGCUGCGCUCGCGAAUCUCGAUUCCACGCCACGAUUCCUUUCUCGCCAACAAGCUGAUCGAGAUGUUUGGGCGAUGCGGGAGUGUGGAUCACGCCCACGAGAUCUUCGCAGGGAUGGGCGCCGCCAGGGACGAUUUCUCCUGGGAUCUCAUGCUCACUGCCUACUUCCACGCGAAUCGCCUCCUCGACGCGGCCAAGAUCUUCGAUUCCAUGCCCACCAGGCGCCUCGUCUCCUGGAACAUCAUGGUCUCUGCCUAUGCCCGUGCUGGGCAUCUAGAUCGUGCGCGCGAUCUCUUUGAGAAGAUGCCACUCCGCGAUGUCAUCUGCUGGAAUUCGAUGCUGGCGGCAUUCGUCCGGGCCGGGAGCGUGGAGGAUGCGAAGGAGCUCUUUGAUCGGAUGCCCGGGAAGUGGCUAGUGUCAUGGAACUUGAUGCUCUCGCUCUACGCAAACUGCGAUCUCGCCCAGGCCAAAGCGAUGAUCGAUGAAAUGCCGCAGCGGAAUGUGAUUACCUGGACGAUUGUGCUCGUCGCCUUUGCCAAGAGUGGAGAUUUGCGAGAGGCCAAGGCAGUGUUUGAUUCCAUGCCUGUUCACGACCUCUUUGCUCUCAACGCAAUGCUCGAAGCAUAUGCCCGAAACGGGCAUUUGCACGAAGCGAUGAGACUAUUUUCCCAGUUUCAAGAGAGGGACUUGGUGACAUGGAACACGAUCCUUGCAGCGUUGGCACGAAAUGGUGAGCUGGAAAUUGCCACGUCUGUUUUUAGCGCCAUGCCGGAGAGGGAUUUGCUGUCGUGGACGUCCAUGCUGGUCGUGUAUGCCCAGCACGGGCAUUUGGAGGAGGCAAAACAAAUGUUUGAUGGCAUGCCUGAGACGGACAUGGUGACGUGUACUGCCAUGUUGGACGUGUAUGCGAGGCAUGGAGAUGCCAGGGAGGCAAGAAAAGUCUUCGAUGACAUGCCACAAAGGGAUAUGGUGUCUUGGACAGCGAUGCUGACUGUAUAUGCCCAGGCGGGGGACUUGCUGGCAACGAAGAAGUUGUAUGACGAGAUGCCACGUCAGGAUUACGUGUCGUGGACUUCCAUGCUUGGAGCGUACACGAGGCAUGGCAGCGUAGAAGAGGCUAAGGGCAUGCGUGCUGAUGUGGCACAGGACGACUUGAUUCUCGGCACAGCAAUGCUGACUGGAUAUGCCCAGCAAGGGCAUAUUCUAGAAGCAAAGCGAAUGUUUGAUUCUAUGCCUAGGAGGGACGUGGUAUCCAUAAACGCGAUGCUAUCGACUUAUGUGCAGGGUGGCUGCUUAGAAGAGGCACGGGCAUUGUUCGAUUCGAUGCCAGAGAGGAAUCUUAUUACCUGGAAUGCCAUGAUCCAUGGAUAUACUCUAAGAGGGCAUUUCCAAGAUGCUAUUUUCUUGUCAUGUAAGAUUCCUGAGCACUCACUUGUCUCGCGGACUUUGGUGCUCUCGGCAUAUGCCCAGAAUGGGAAUCUGACUGUAGCAGAAAAACUCUUCAAUUCUAUGCCAGAGAGGGACACAAUAUCUUGGAAUGUGAUGCUUGCGGCGUAUACACAAAACGCGCAAAUCACCGAGGCCUCUCAACUCUUUGAAGCAAUGGCGUUAAUACACAACCCGGACGAGAUCACACUCAUCUGGGUGUUGAUCUCGUCCAGCCAUUACGGCAAAGCUUUCGCUGCUAGGACAAAUUUCCGAUCCAUGAUCAGCGAUUUCCAAAUGAAACCCACAAAGCUCCACUACUGCUGCAUGGUCGACGUCCUCGGCCGUGCAGGGUAUCUAAGAGACGCCAGUGAUCUCAUCGCAAAGAUGCCUGUUCUUCCCGAUUCCUUGGAAUGGACGAGCUUGCUGGGAGCUUGCUUGAGUCACAACGAUCUAGAAUUGGGAGAGGUCGCCGCGAAGAAGGUGGCGGGUUUUAAUCCCGGGGCUGUGACGCCAUACGUGCUCUUGGCAAGCAUGUAUAGGAGCCGGGGCCACAUCCGCCGUCCAUUCCCAACGGGCGGAUGCGGUGGCAAUCUCGCCGUCCAAACGAACGGCUGGGAUGCGUCUUUUUCCCACCGACAGGGUAUUUAA